GAAGCCGGGGCAAAGUCAUUCCGGGUGUAUCGAGCGCAGUGGAGCGCUCGCUCUGUUCCCAGCGGGUGGGUCAUCCUUCCCAUUAGGAACGUUUCUGCAGACCCCGGAUGUGAAGAGCUGCAGGGGUUAUGCUCCUUCAGAGUCUCUGGCGAUUGCGAAUCCCUCGGCUGUAGCGCCACGGUCCCCCUUCCUUUAGACACUUCCCCGGCCAUAUAAGGAGAGGCAGCUGCUGGGAGCUUCCCCAGGAUCUAAAGAUAGAGGCCUCCGCCUCGGACUCCGAGCCUCACCGAGCAGCGGGAGCUUCCAUGGCGCGUCUCCCCUAUCCCACUCCUAUGAAGCCCCACCGCAACUCCUCCUCAGGCAGCAUGCCCGGACCCUGUGGUACGACAGGCCCAAGUAUGUGUUCAUGGAGUUUUGUGUUGAGGACAGCACCGAUGUCCGUGUGCUCAUCGAAGACCACCGUAUUGUGUUCAGUUGCAGGAAUGCCGAUGGAGCAGAGUUGUACAAUGAGAUUGAGUUCUAUGCCAAGGUGAACUCCAAGGACUCCCAGGAUAAACGAUCUGGCCGCUCCAUUACUUGCUUUGUGAGGAAAUGGAAGGAAAAGGUGGCCUGGCCACGGCUCACCAAGGAGGAUAUCAAGCCAGUGUGGUUGUCUGUGGACUUUGAUAACUGGAGAGACUGGGAAGGGGAUGAAGAAGUAGAGCUGGCUCAGGUGGAACAUUAUGCAGAGCUCUUGAAGAAAGCUAGCACCAAGAGACCUCCCCCUGCCAUGGAUGACCUGGAUGAUGAUUCUGACAGCGGUGAUGCAACAAGUCAUUAACUUCUGUGCCAGCAGAGCUGGGGAGGAAGCUGUGGCUAUCUUCCAGCUGAUCUGAAAAGCCAUGGGCUGGGUCUUUACCAGCUUUUUGGCUGUGUAUCAGGGUCCUCUGGGAUCUCUGAACUUUCCUAGAAGCUCUUUAUUAAGGGUCUUCCUUCAUGUUUUAUUUCUUCCUAGGUACUUGACCAUGGCUGCUGCAUUCAGGUAGCAGGGUAGGACAGUAGAGCAGUGGGGUUUCUGAUUUCCAACCAACUUGGUGUAAUCUCUGUGUUCAGGCCACUCAUCAGGGCUCUCUUGAGUAUUUGAGCAUGAGUGUGUAUGUGGUAGAGCAAAAGCUAAAGAAGCAGCAUGUAGAUUGUAAUAAACCUCUAAGAACUCUU